AAGUUUUAUGUGAAAGUGUAUAAGCCCAAAAUGUAGAAGUUCUUGUGCGGCCGAUUGCUGGCGCGCAGGUGAUGAGAAACGACGUAGUCUAUGAAGACGUUUCGGUCGUUAUUACUUUGCCGUUAAGAAAUUCUCUCUUUCCUCUCUUUCUUUCUCUCUGAUAAUUGGAUCUCCCAAAAACCCUAAUUUUGACUUCAAUUUGAUUCUUUCUCUUAUUCUACGCUCUUUUUGAUACCCAAUCUGAAAACUAGUAAGAAAUUGAAAUCUAUGAUGCAAGCUAGAAACCCCAAUCGCGAAGAGCCAUCCACACCGUUAAUGGCUCAGAAUGAUAGUUUACCAUAUGAAGGACUUAUCCCUCAGCUAUUUACAUCUGUACCAAGUCUAAAUGAAGCUGCCUCUUAUCUUGCACAAACAACCUCGUACUUAACCGGCUGUUUCUCCGACAAUUCAGAGCGUUCUUUGGGAGAUGCUGAGGAUUCUAAUGCGUAUGAUCAAGAAAUGGUAACAUUAUCAUCUAGACAAACCAGAGGAUCUGCGGCUAGUUCUAGUGAGCAUGUAUCUUCAAGUGGAACACAUUCAUCAGGUGAAGAAUCAUCUUGUACUGCAAAUGAUUCUUCCUCCAUCCAGACUGGAAUCUCUUCAGUAGUUUCAUCUGAAACUUCUACUGCCCUCGUAGAAUCAAAUCAUGCUGGCCAAAAUGGCAUUUCUAUCUUUCAAGGCCUUAUUGAUCGGGUGCGAAGAACUGUUCGUGGUUCUGCAGAUGAUAUUGGAUGGCUGCAACGUGAUUCAGGAAUGCCCCAGGUUGAAGAUGGAACAGAAAGGUUCAUGGAAAUUCUUGAAAGUAUCAGGCAUGGUGUCCACAGAUUGCCAAACUCUGUGGUUUACUUGCUUGUUCCAGGUCUUUUCAGCAACCAUGGCCCACUAUACUUUGUUAAUACAAAAAUGAGUUUCUCAAAGAUGGGUUUGGCAUGUCAUAUUGCCAAGAUUCAUAGUGAGGCUUCGGUUGAGAAAAAUUCCAGAGAGAUCAAAGAAUACAUUGAAGAGAUCUAUUGGGGUUCUGGAAAACGUGUUUUGCUUCUUGGACAUAGCAAAGGGGGAGUAGAUGCAGCUGCUGCUUUAUCAUUGUAUUGGUCUGAUUUGAAAGAUAAGGUUGCUGGAUUGGCAUUAGCCCAAAGCCCAUAUGGUGGUAGCCCAAUAGCAUCAGAUAUCUUGCGAGAAGGACAGAUUGGUGAUUAUGUAAAUAUACGGAAAUUAAUGGAGAUUCUGAUCUCUAAAUUAAUUAAGGGUGAUUUGCAAGCUCUCGAAGAUCUUACUUAUGAGAAGAGAAGAGAAUUUUUGAAGAAACAUCCUCUGCCGAGGGAACUUCCUGUUGUUUCAUUCCACACGGAAGCUGCGAUUACUUCGGCUGUUCUAGCCACGUUAUCUCAUGUUGCACAUGCUGAGCUACCUGUGGUUGCUCCAUUAUCUGAUGGUCAACCAACAAAAGUACCGGUAGUGAUGCCCCUAGGUGCAGCCAUGGCUGCUUGUGCUCAGCUGUUGCAGAUCAGAUAUGGAGAGAAGAGUGAUGGACUUGUCACUUGUCGAGAUGCAGAAGUCCCUGGAUCCAUUGUUGUGCGGCCAAAACGGAAAUUAGACCAUGCCUGGAUGGUUUAUUCAUCAUUGAAAGAUGAUUCUUCUGAAGCAGAUGCAUCUCAAGUCUGUGAGGCUCUUUUAACGUUGCUUGUGGAAGCUGGGCAAAAGAAAAGACACGAACUAGCAAUGAAAGACGAAUAAGCGAAGUUCUUCAUCUGGUAAUGCUGUUGUUAACUUGUUUUACUCCAUAUUUCUGGUUAAAUUGUAUAUAUAUGAUAUGCAUGGGUAUUUAGAAGAGAAAAUGCAUAUUCUUUACAAAACUAAUACCAAAAUUUAAUGGGAAAAAUUAUAGGAAGCGAGGUGAAACUCGUAAAUUUUUUUGAGUGGCAAAUUAAAAGUUUCAUGCCACGUUUGGUUUAAAUGAAUAUAGUUUCUUCUUUGUCUUUCAAUUAGUUGUCUUUACCAGGAGGAAUUCAACCAUACGUUUUGUAUAUAUAUUAGCUGGUGCUUGGAUAGGCAAAUAGUGAUGUUCUUGUGUUUCCCUAAUUGUAAUAUUUUACAUUUUAUAUUUUAUUGUUUAUAUAUUCCUUUGAAAUACGAAACGACAUGGUGGUGGA